GAAGCCAGUGAACAAUCCUGUCUGUCUUUUCCCAAAAUAAGCCAGUGGGAGAGAUCGCCAAGUAAGUCAAGGAGAUUGGAGCAGCUUGCUCAGCCCCUGGUUAUAAGUGGUGUGAGUGAAGCCCGACCUGCUCGGACCCUGAGCUCAGAGCAGCCUUGCUGCCUCUCUCAAUGUUCUGCUCCUUAUCCCUCUUUGUCCUGCUGCCUCACUCUCCUCACUUUUCCACUGUUAGAGUGAAAAGGCACACAUCGGGAAGGUGCUGUUCUGCUCCAAUUUCUUUUUUGGCUCUUUCUGAUUUGCCAGAAAGCACAUGGAUGGACUUCAAUUUUUUCUGGAGAUAGAAAAAUAAAUUUUAAAAUUUACAAACUUUUUAACUGAAAUAUUUAGAGUUUUGUAUCUAAGAGCAGCACUGUAAGGAACCUUUGAAAGUUUUUGCAUUUUGGUUGCAUGCCUCUUGAGUUUUUUAAUGGCAUCACACCCCUUGGGAGACCGGCGUGGCUGAAGGAGGGACAGACCUGAAGCUUUGCCCCUGCUCCCAUCACUCAGAGGAAAAGUUGUGCGUGACUUUUGAAAGGUGGCCUGGUCGGUGAAAAUGCUGUUUAUCCAUCUAUGUGUGCUUCUGAUGCUUUGGAGAUGUGCUCAUGCAGGGGGCUAUCCACCUAUGCCCCACAUGAAGUACAUGCAGCCCAUGAUGAAAGGACCAAUCGGACCUCCGUUUCGAGAGGGAAAAGGACAUUAUGUUGACAUGCCACCCAUGAUAGAAGUCAAGGGCGAGCCGGGCCCUCAAGGAAAACCAGGACCCAGAGGUCCACCUGGACCUCCAGGACUGACAGGAAAGCCUGGACUUGGGAAACCUGGAGUCAAUGGACCUCCAGGCCCUCCAGGACCUCCUGGGUUUCCAGGAAUUGGAAAACCUGGACUCCCUGGUCUACCUGGAAAACUUGGGCCAAAGGGUUUAUCUGGGGAUAAAGGUGAAGUUGGUCCCCGUGGUGAACCAGGUCCUCGAGGUCAACCAGGACAACCUGGUCUGCCUGGUCCUGCCGGCCUUUCACUGAAUGGUAAACCAGGACUUCCAGGUACCAGGGGCCCUCCUGGAGCAAGAGGAGAACCAGGACUUAAAGGCACUGCUGGCUUACCAGGUGACCGUGGACUUAAAGGUGAAGAUGGAAUUGGGAAGCCAGGGCCUCCAGGAAUAAGAGGACCACCAGGACUUAAAGGCAACAUGGGACCUCCUGGGCUCACAGGCAUCGGAAAACCUGGUCCUAAGGGCUUACCAGGACCACCAGGCGUUAAAGGUGAUCAAGGACUGCCUGGAGAUCAAGGAGAACCAGGAGAGGCCGGGGCUCCAGGUCCUCAAGGACUACCCGGGCCAGGGGGUUUGGGAAAACCUGGAAUAGAUGGUUUACCAGGGCUGCCAGGUCCUGUUGGCCCGAAAGGUGAGCCAGGUCUUAGAGGACUUCCUGGAAUCCCAGGGACUCCUGGCUUUGGAAAACCAGGUCUAGGUGGGCAGAAAGGAGACAAGGGGCAUAAUGGAUUGCCUGGUCUUCAAGGUGAUAAAGGUGAGCCGGGAAUGGUUGGACCAUCUGGAGAACCUGGUCUUGAUGGACAACCCGGACCACCAGGUCUACAAGGUCCAAUGGGACUUCCUGGAAAACAUGGCCUACCAGGGCAAAAGGGCGAACUGGGUCCUCAGGGUCCUCCUGGAUUACCUGGCCUUAGAGGUGAACAAGGAAACAGUGGACUUCCUGGAAAGCCUGGCAUUCCUGGGGAGAAAGGCCACCCUGGUUUCAGUGGCCCAAUAGGAAAACCUGGUCCUAAAGGUGAGCCAGGACAUACUGGUUUAACAGGAAAUCCAGGUCCAGCUGGUGUUCCAGGACCCAAAGGGGAAGCAGGAUUUAUGGGCACACCGGGACCUAGAGGCCAGUCAGGAAUACCUGGUCUUCAAGGGCCAAUGGGUCCUAUGGGGCCACAGGGUGCACCUGGACCCAAGGGUGAGCCUGGACUUCCAGGACCAGCAGGGAUUGGUAAAGUUGGUGAGAAGGGACCCGUUGGUCCGCAGGGUCCUCCAGGAAAACCAGGACCUGCAGGCCUUAAUGGUAACCCAGGGCCUCCAGGACCACCAGGGCCUCCAGGUCCUGCAGGAAAUGGACAAACUGUUGUCGCUGGUCCCACAGAUUCACAAUUAGAAGGAGAUGAAGUACCAGGAGAUAGGAAAGGACCUGUAUACACCCAGGUGCCACUCUCAGCCUCUGUUGCACCAGCCUUUACAGCCAUCCUAACUACACCAUUCCCUCCUUCUGGAAUGCCAAUCAAGUUUGAUAGAACUCUAUACAAUGGGCAAAAUGCCUACAGCACGUCUACUGGCAUGUUCACUGCACCUCUCUCUGGCAUCUACUACUUUGCUUACCACAUGCAUGUAAAGGGAACUAGUUUGUGGGUGGCCCUUUAUAAAAACAAUGUACCAGCUACCUACACCUAUGAUGAAUACAAGAAAGGCUACAUGGACCAGGCAUCUGGUAGUGCAGUCCUUGAGCUGAAGGAGGGUGAUCAAGUAUGGGUCCAAAUGCCCUCCGAUCAGGCUAAUGGGCUCUAUUCUACAGAAUACAUACACUCAUCCUUCUCAGGGUUCUUACUUUGUCCCACAUAACCCAGUCUUACAUUUUCAGUACUUGUAUGUAUGUCACCUCACAACAACUUACAGAUUACUAUUAUACACAUUACAUAAAACAGCAGCAAUGACAUUUAAAAUAAAUCAUAAUAAAAGCAAUUUGAGUCCAUAUUUAUGCGGUAUUUACGAGUGUUUGGUUAAUAGCCCAUCUACUGACAAAGAGGUGCUAAGAAUCUGAAGUGCUGUGCCCUGAGAAUAGAGUAGGGGGCUGGAGUUAAGUGCAAAUAAGUAGAAAACAGAGUUCCAUUCUGAAUUUCGGCAUUAGUCUCUUUAAGUGUGUGUUUUAUUGUGUUUUUUUUAGAUUCUUGUGAUAUUUUUAAUAAUUAUAUUGUCAGAUUUUUGUUGCUUGACAUUGAAUGAUGUGAUGUUGCCAUUGAUGUUUGUGUUUUCCGACUGUCAAAUGUCUAACUUUGUAAUGUGCUAGUAACAGGCAUUCCCAUGUGACUGCACAUCUUGCCCACAUCCUCUGACACCAAAAGAACAACACGAGUUGGACUAAAGGGCAUGGUUGGUGUUUUUGGCUGCAGACAGUCCUUUUGUGUUCUUAUAUAAGAAGCUGAUACAAUUUUUUGAAUAGAAAGAUCCAUACAGUUUAUGUUUAAAUUUACUGUAGUUUGCACUACAUACAAGUUUAGUUGAGAAAUCUCCAAAGAAUGCAUAUUAACGCAAAAUAAUAUUUAAUACAUAAUAACAAUUAUUAAGAGGGCACUAAAUGGUUAAAUUUAUGAACGUGCAAUUUGGAUAUCUUCAUGUCCAUGUGUAUCGCUGCAUACAUAUUUAUGGUGUCCUCAACAGGAUCAUUGUUUUACCUAUGAUGGGACAUCUGUGUAAACAUGAACUAUAGUUAGAACCUGGGUUUACUCUUAAUAGGUAAAGGGAUUAGGUAAGGCUUCCAGGUAGCUACUUCUUAUUUGUAGUGUUGUACUGUAACAGGGAUAUUAGACUAUUUGUUAAUUUCCAUUACAGAAACCCGUAAACAUUUAUUCCACUACCCCAGUAGGCAAAUAAAUAUGAAAUAGUGUGUCUGUAGUUGACAUUUCCAUGAUGACCAUUACAUUACAACCAAUUCCUCAACACUGUAUUAAUGGAACAUAAUUAUAAAAAGGCCCUUUCACUCAGAAUGAAUGUAUUCAGUCCAAUCUGAACCACACGUCUGUGCCGCUUACUAUGCCUUCUGUAAAUAAGAAAAAGCUUUGUAAAAUCAAAACAGUAUUCACAUUUAUUUGACAUUUUAUAUGACCAUUUCUCCUAAUGAGCACAGAGAAGACUGUUGAAACAGGAAAAUAGGUUUGUGCUGUAUGUUGCCUUUUUCGACAACUUACAUUUUGAACAUAAGAUAGUGAUGUAGGCUAUUUUAAAUUGUAGAUGUGCUCCUAUUUUAUGUUUUCAUAGACAAUGUCACUUGUUUGCAGAAUUUGCCUAAUGUGGAAAUUUUUUGACAAGUGUCAGUUUUUAUUUUAUUUUUUUUUUCAAAAUUUAAAAUAAAAAUAUAAAAUCAAUCAGAAAAAGCUUACUUUGGUUUAAGGGAUAUUUGUUUGAUUGAAAUAAAUACAAACAGUUAUUCCAAUUUGCACAUGAAACUGAUGAAGAUGUAUUUAUACAAAAUUAUAAUUUAACAGGGAUGUCAUGACCACCGAAGCUUGGAACAUAGAAAUAUUUAAUACAGCAAUGAUACAUAAAAAAACAUUACAACUUGUACUUAGCACUAAAGCAUUGUUCGUGAAGGAUUAUUUGUGAAGUUUUGUUUGUGUAAUGUAGGCUACCAUUUAUCAGCAUACGAUGUGUUAUUGCCUAUUGCACUCUAAGCAAUAGUUUUAAAAUGCACUCUUUGAUUACAGACAUUUGUCUGCAUUUACAAAAUCUGCAGUACUUGAUUGUAUUAGUAUCAUAUCAAUAAAUUACAU